AUGUGGAGCGCUGGGGCCCCCACACGGUGCCUCUCCGGGUGUGUGGUUUGAGUGCAGCGAGAGCCUGGGGCCUGGAGGUGGGGGACGGGGCUCUCGGUGCUGAGUGGGGAUUGGCUCCUCAGGCCUGCCUGUCCCCGGCUGGGCCGGUUGAUGAAUAUUUCUGGGUGGUUCCGUGUCUGGAGCGUUUGUUUAUGCUCAUUCGGAAGUUAGACCUUGACUGAGACACUGUGAGCUCCCUCACUCCCUCUGGAGACCCUCCCCCCCCACCGACUCUCCCGGCCCCUCAGCUCCCCUCCCCCCGAGGGGGGUGGUGACACGUCCCUCCCUCCCCACCAUGGCCCGGCUGAGUAUGCCUUCCAUCAGCUCGGCUCUGGAGAGAGCUGCCAGUCUUGGAAACAGCAGGAAAACCAGGAAGAUCAAAGCUGCAAGCAGGGCCCUGCUCUACACCCUGGAAGCCGAGACCCAGAGCAGCGAGGCCGGGACAACAGUGGACAGUCCGUGUGGACCAGCCCCCUACAGGUGCAGCGCCGAACUCAAGCAGGACUCCUUCGAGCACCCAGCCAGCCGGGCGCACUGCGCCGAGCUCCAGUGGGCGCAACGGGCGCGCCACCAGCCCGCUAGCUUGGCCCUCCGCAAGCAGGAAGAGGAAGAUGCCAGCAAGAGGCCCAAGUCACUCUCGGAGAGCUAUGAGCUGUCCACAGAUCUGCAGGACAAGAAGGUGGAGAUGCUGGAGCGCAAGUAUGGGGGCUACUUCCUGAGCCGAAGAGCGGCCAGGACCAUCCAGACCGCCUUCCGCCAGUACCGCAUGAACAAGAACUUCGAGCGACUGCGGAGCUCCCUGUCCGAAAGCCGGAUGUCCCGCCGGAUUGUGCUGUCCAACAUGCGCAUGCAGUACUCCUUCGAGGAGUACGAGAAGGGGCACGGGGCCGGCUUCGAGAGCCGGCAGGCCUCGGUGCGCUCCGAGCGGACAGGGCUGGGCUCCCGCACCCACUCCGAGCGCAGCGACCCCUUCGGCGGCGCCGAGGUGGAGUCCACCACUGCCUCCAGCGACUUCACCAACGAGGUGACCGAGCUGGAGGACGCCUUCUCCCGGCAGGUGCGCACCCUGGCCGAGUCCAUCGACGAGGCGCUCGGCUGCCGACCGGCGCCGCCCGGCACCGCCGGCGAGGGGGGCGACCCCUUCGAGGGCCGGGGCGAGCCCCAGCGGGCCAAGAAUGAGGACUCCGCCACCACCUACAGUGACGUCACCCUCUACAUCGACGAGGGCGAGGCGCCGGCCUCGCCCCUCUCCUCGGAGCGGGCGCCCAGCUCCGAGCAGGAGCUGCACCCGCACCACCACCCCCACCACCCGGCCGGCGCCGCCGGCGCCCCCUCCCUCCCACACCACCACCACCACCCGCAGCACCACCACCACCACCACCACCAGCAGCAGCAGGGGGGGCCGGAGUACUGGGGGGUCGCCGGCGGGCAGGGGAGGGAGGCCGAGGGCGGGCGCCGGAUCCCCGGCUGCAUGGAGUGCCGGGACUACCGCCGGCGGGCGGCCCACCUGCCCCUGCUGACCAUCGAGCCCCCCAGCGACAGCUCAGUGGACAUGAGCGACCGCUCGGACCGGGGGUCCCUCAGCCGCCAGCUGGUGUACGAGGCGGAGUCGCCGGCCCCGGUGCCGGUGCCGGUGCCGGUGCCGGUCCACCGGGCGCCACCCCCGCCGCCGCCCCCGCCCCCCCCGGCCCGCUCGCCCCUCCCCCUCCGGCCACUGGACGCCCACCUGGCCAACAACAACGGCGAAGCCAGCCGCAACGGCAAGGCCGAGCCGGAGCUCUCCGACGGGGACAACGACAGCCUCAACAGCAGCGUCAACUCCAACGAGACCAUCAACUGCAGCACCGGCUCCUCGUCCAGGGACAGCAUCCGCGAGCAGACCCUUUGUAAACAGACCUACCACAAGGAGACGCGGCACAGCUGGGACUCGCCCGCCCUCAACAACGACGUCCUCCAGCGCCGGCAGUACCGCAUCGGACUCAACCUCUUCAACAAGAAACCAGAGAAGGGGAUUCAGUACCUGAUCGAGAGAGGCUUCGUGGCUGACACGCCCAUCGGCGUCGCUCGCUUCAUCCUCGAGCGCAAGGGCCUCAGUCGUCAGAUGAUCGGGGAGUUCCUGGGUAACCGACAGAAGCAAUUCAACCGGGACGUGCUGGACUGUGUGGUGGAUGAGAUGGACUUUGGAGGGAUGGAGCUGGACGAGGCAUUGCGGAAGUUCCAGGCGCACAUCCGAGUCCAAGGAGAGGCCCAGAAAGUCGAGCGGCUGAUUGAAUCUUUCAGCCAACGUUACUGCAUCUGCAACCCAGCCCUGGUUCGGCAGUUCCACAACCCGGACACCAUCUUCAUCCUGGCUUUCGCCAUCAUCCUGCUCAACACCGACAUGUACAGCCCCAACGUGAAGCCCGAGCGCAAAAUGAAGCUGGACGACUUUGUCAAGAACCUACGGGGAGUGGAUAACGGAGAAGAUAUCCCGAGGGAUAUGCUGGUGGGAAUCUACCAUCGGAUCCAGAAGCGGGAGCUGAGGGCCAACGAUGACCACGUCUCGCAGGUUCAGGCCGUAGAGCGCCUCAUCGUGGGGAAGAAGCCGGUUCUGUCUCUGCCACACCGCCGGCUGGUUUGCUGCUGUCGCCUCUACGAGGUUCCGGAUCCUAAUCGACCACAGAAACAGGGUGUCCAUCAGCGAGAGGUCUUUCUCUUCAACGAUCUGCUUGUGGUCACUAAGGUCUUUCAGAAGAAGAAGAUCUCAGUGACAUACAGUUUCCGUCAGUCGUUUGCACUGCACGAGAUGAAGGUUAACCUAUUCCAAAACGCCUAUUAUCCCCACGGCAUCAAGCUGGCCUCGUCCAUACCCAGCGCAGAAAAGAAGAUCCUCAUCAUCUUCAAUGCCCCCAGCGUGCAAGACCGGACCAGAUUUGCCAGCGACCUGCGAGAGUCCGUCGCCGAGGUCCAGGAGAUGGAGAAAUACCGGGUGGAAUCCGAGCUGGAGAAACAGAAAGGGGUGAUCCGCACCACCAUGUUGCAGAGCGCCAGCCUCAAGAAGGACACGAUGAACGGCACGCUGACCAGCCUGGACGACACCUACGCCGUGGGGGAGGGGCUGAAGCGCAGCGCCCUCAGCAGCUCCCUGCGUGACCUCUCCGACGCAGGGAUCCAUCAUUAGCAUCCCCCGGGUGCAGCCGCGACCCAUACCCAUCCAGGAGGAGGCGACGAUGCGCCCGCACCGACAGCUCUCCAACUCGGCCUCGUUCCUGGGCUCCCUCUUUGGGAGCAAGCGGGGCAAGCAGGGCAUGCAUGCCCACUCGCAGGCUGGUGGCGCCCAGCAGUACCCGGCCUCCUCCUACCAGCCGGCUUACCAGCUCCAGGGCGGGCCGUCCGAGGGGCCCUCCAAGAUCCAAGUGCUGCACGCCCAGUACUGCCAGCCUCCGCCGCCCUACUACCACCACCACCGCUUCCAUGCCCAGCCCAACCCCCAGCACAUCAACGUCACCCUCCAGCGCCAGUGCAGGCAGAGGCCGGCGCUGCCCCCGCUCCUGCCCCGCCCCGCCCUGGCGCA